AUGGCGCCCGCAGAGUCGCAGCGCCAAGUGGUCGCUGCCCUCGAACACCUCGCCGCCAACCCGUCUCUGGCAGCGCCGGCCCCGCGCCAGCCCCUGUGGUUUACCAUCUACUCCAACGCCCAGGACGUCCGCUUCGCCAGGCUCCUGCACGAGUCUCGUAAGACUCAACUGCUCAUUGUCGUCCGUGACGCCUGGCAGCUCGCGCGCCUCCAAAACUUGCGCGCCGUCGAAUCCCACCACACUCUUGUCGGCCUCCCGGUCGCACCACCCCUCGAGCCCAUUCCGCACCAGGGCGCCGAAGUUCCCGAGCCGCCGCUGCCCGAGCUCCUCCCCCCGCCACCAGCCUUCCCGAGGGACGUUCACGCGCUGCGCACUUGCACCGCCCCGACCCUGACGGAGUUGUUGGACUCCUACGGCCAGCCGACUUUGGACAACGUUGAACAAAAGCGGGCGCGCUUUGCCGUGUUCAUCGGCGCGCCGUCGUAUCAGACUGUGGAUGAUGGCUCGCCGGCAACGUCUCUCGGCAGUUCGCUGUACUCGUCCUGUUCCUCGGCCGCCACAGAGUACGAGGCCAAUCCGCAGUUCAACGACCCGGAGUUCGACUCGGAUGCUGAGGAUGCCAAGGACAAGUUCCUGUAUCGAUACUGCUACCAGUGCCCGUUUGCCGUUGACCGCAAGGACGCGUGGAUCCCAUACGACCGCCAGCUUCAGAGGACCGUGUUGCCUUCGUACACGACCCCUAUGGGCAGUCCUAUGAUGCACGGUUUCCACCCCAUGAUGACCCCCGUGCACCCGGCCCCUCCCGCUCAGUACGCCGCUCCAUCUCAAGUAUACCACCACCCCGCAUACGCUACUACCCCCACGUACCAGGUGCAGCCCUCUCCCGUUAUAGACCACUAUGCGCUUUCCUUCCCCUCCAACGCCGCCGCCAUGCAGGAUGUGGCAAACUUCUUCGCUUCCAUGUCUGGUUUCCGAGCCGAGGUGAAUACGUCGUGGGUGCCGUACAUGGUAAUUCCUUGCCAGGCAGCGGCCAGCAUGCCCUACACGUACUACCUCCGCCCCCAUGGAGGACAUUCUGGCACGACCUUUCCCCCGGGAAUGUCUUUCAUGGUUGGCUCAGACUGCCAGGUGACGGUCACUCGCGACAGCGGUCCAUUUGGUUAUCAGCACCCCAGUGGAUUUGGUCACCCGCCGCCCCCGACCGGCUUUUACUGCUACGCCGGUGCAGGAGGGCACUAUCCGCCCCAGUCGGCACCGUACCCGUCUGCCCCCAACUUCAACGACUAUGGUCGCUACGAAGAACCGGGCAGUUUUGGGAGGCGCCGCCGUGCAUACAGCUCUGCAGGGCACUAUGACGAACCUUCCUCCGACGAAGAGGACAGCGAGGACGAAAUGGGGGAAGAGCAGGGUCGUAGCAGCCGGCCCACAAGGUCCAGGACGUAUUGUCCCUCACGGCGCCAGUCUGACCCCACCGACGAUUGUCGCCACUUCAACCAGACCUACAGCGGCCGCGAGCGUUCUUCGCGGCCGCGCGUUGAGCGUAACACCGAGGAACCUAGGCCGCUGCCUGAAAUGGGUUUCACGGAUCUUCUCAAGGAUGGCCGCUACAAGGGCCGCUACUUUGUUGGAAUUAAACUCACUUUCAACGGUUCUCUCACCCACGAGGAUAUGCUGGCCAUUGGCGACGAGAUCAGGCGCAGCCGCACUAUCACUCACAACCUCGAGAUUAUCGCCAUCAUGGGCUCUGUCGCGCCUCAACAGUCCCGUCUUUUCCUUGCCGCUCCUGUAAUUGACAGCUCUCAAGUGGCCUUCUGGAAGAAGACGGCGCACAGGGAGCUCAUGCAGAUCCUGCGCUCUCGCCGCGACGACCCCGUGAUCGAAGUCUACAGCGAGCAGCAUUGA